AUGUCGUCGCAAAACUGUCGCACGAAAACUCACGUGGCCCCCUCUAGCCCCACGCCGAUUCUUCGUUCUUUGCUACCAGUUCCUCCAAGGAUCAGGUCUAUGACCAGGUAUUGGAACAAGCACAAGGGCUGGUCACUGGCCAACGAAAUUGGCAACCUUGCCAAUGUAGCGUCUCUACUAUGGCACGCCUACGCGUCGCUCCCAAAACCGUCCUCGGCCGUGAAUUGGGCAGGCUUCUACGUUCGCGAUGAUCUUUUCCCUCUCCUAGCCUCGCCGAAGAGGUCCAACAGUAUUUCCGGUCUGACAACCACCACGAUCACCACAAGCUACGCCUCCCAUGACGACAGGAAGCUUCUACUAGGACCUUUCCAGGGAAGGCCGGCCUGCCAGGAAAUCAAAUUUGGACGGGGCGUGUGUGGAACGGCAGCUGCAAAAAAGGAAACCGUAGUGGUGCCUGACGUCUUGGAAUUUCCGGGCCACAUAGCCUGCGACGCUGAUAGCCGGAGUGAAAUUGUGGUGCCUAUCAUAUUCGAGGGCGAGACUGUCGCGAUCAUUGAUAUCGACUGCACUGAGCCCGCUGGAUUCGACGAGACAGACCAAAGAUAUCUCGAACGGCUCGCCCAGCUGCUGUCGGAGAACUUUGAUGCAACCAAACGAUAUGCGAAUUGGCCAAUCAGCGCCAACAAGCCGCGGCUGAAGCAUCCCCCGCCGCCUAUUGGCUGGCACGGCCCACUUGUAACGACCCUGCAACGGAUAGAUUACAAUACCGGAUUUACACGAUCAAUACGCCCCCUUCACCAACUCGCCUGCUUUAAAACGGCUCUCAUCGCCGCCACGUCCCUCCUCUUCUUCUCUUUUUCUUCUUCACUCCUCCCCUCACCACUAUCCGCAGUGGGCAGUCUCUUCUCUCUCUCCACAAUCCAAUCUACAUGGUCAGCGGUUCCUCCGGAGUCCCCUGUCCCACCAUGGCCUACUGCGUCUUCUUCCAGCCUCAGCAGCGUGCUGUCUAGACCCCAACAGGACGACAGUCACGAACAAACCAAUUCUAUCUUUGAUUUUUCUUUUGAGCAUAAUUCUUUUCCGUCUUCGUCUGCUUCGUCUUCAUCUCCUACCGUUCCCUUAGCCGACUUCAGUUCAUCGUCACUAUGGGAAGCCUCCUGCCAAGUGGAAUCGCUUGAUCAACUAGCUGGUAUCUUGGAGUUGGACUUUCUCUUAGCAGAUCCUACUUCGGGGCUUGGCUCUACGCAUUCUCAAUACCCAGGGCCUUCUGUUGCUACCCAGCAGCAGUCUUUUGACUUGUCGCUUGCCUUUGGUGAUCAUGGUCACCCUUCUUCCUCAUACUCUCCCGGGAAUAUGACGGAAGGAGGAAAUGCCUUGAACAUGGACAUGAACGCCUUCUAUUCUACAAAUACCUCUACUGUCUCCGCUACUUCUACUGCUGCUCCCACGACUACAAACAUUGCCGUGUCGCCUUUGUCUAUGACGUCCCUUCCUUCGCAAGAGUAUCAUCAUCAACAACAUCAGCCAUUUCUAGCUCCAAAACCACGCACUCCUCCAUCAUCGUCGUCGUCGUCUUUUUCCUCUCCUGCAUCCAGCAACGCGACCACUAUCGCUGUCAAAUCAAACAAGAAUACACAGAGCACAUCACGUAAGCGAUCGCGUGCAACAGCAACAGCAGAGUCCGCAAGCGUCGAUCUCUCCAGUAACAACAGUGCACAAGAUUCAGAAGAGGAGCGCAUUGUCGAGAAGCGCCGUCGUAAUACGAUGGCAGCUCGACGAUUCCGCAAACGAAAGCAAGACCACGUUGAAGAUUUGGAGUCGCAGUUGUCGACGAUGACUAAGGAAAGGGAUGAUCUUAAGUUGCAGGUUGCGAAAUGGGAAGGUGAAGUGAUGGCGUUGAGGAAGUUGUUGGACAUGAAGAAGUAG